AUGGGUGACGGGGAAGAGAGCAGCGGCGUACGGGGCGAUGGCCAGUUGGCCCACGACCCGGCCGACGGAGGAACCAGCGAAACGUCGAACACGUACGAGGACGCCGUGGAGAAUGGAGACGUCCCCAAUGAAGCGAACGCACAGGGGAGUGCGAAUGGCGGGUUGGAGGGGGCACCCCAGGGGAAGGAAGAAGACCCCCCCAAAGACGAAUCCGAAAAGGAGCAAAUCCCCUCUGAACUGGAAUGUGCCAUAUGCAUGAAGCUGCUAAUCAUACCAGUGACCAUCCCAUGUGGGCAUAACUUCUGCAGAGACUGCCUAGAAAAAGCCAAAGAGUACAAAAACGCAUGUCCCUUGUGUAGAUCCAAUAUGGGGGAUAAGAAAAACAUUAACAUUUUGUUGGCUGACCUGAUUAAGGAGAAGUACCCCCUGACAUAUGCCAAACGAGUAGAAGAAAUGGAAAUGAUAAAAAGAGAAAAGGAAAAAAAAAUACUAAAGGAAAGAUUCGAUGCUAUUAAAAACUCGUCUGUCAUCCCUCUCUUUAAAGUCCCCCUGGUGUUUGGCCCCUACUUCCCAGGAGAGGUAUUCGACCUAAACAUAUAUAAUGAAAAGUUUAUAGACCUUAUAGAGCUCAUAUCAAGUGAGCGCACCUUCGCCAUCACCUCUAGUAAAGACAAAUCGAGUCAUGGGGACGAGAAGAUGUAUGGGAUUCACGUAAAAAUUCUGGAGCAGAACAAAACCAACCAGGUCUUCUGCAUCAAAUGCGUGGCCAACUUCCGAGUCAUCCUCUAUAACAUUAUACACUUCCACCAGUAUGAAAAUUACAUUGCCAGUCACUCCCCCCUCUUUGACGAGUCCAUUUCGCUCAAUUUCUUUGAGUACAAUUUGUUGCGGGCGGGAAGCGGAGUUGGCGGAGGAAGCGGAGUUAGCGGAGUUAGCGGCGGUAAGGGGGCCAACGGGGCGGGCGCUUCCCCCCCCGAAGAAGGCACCUGCACCUGCAAGUGCAAUUGCGCUACGCCCGCCGCGCCUACCCAUGGGACUACAGCAGAGUGUGCAAACCAAAGCACAACCGACGUGGGAAAGAAAAAAGUGGAAGACCUGAAGAAGCUGCUCAACACAAUCGAGGUGGAGGAUGACAUAAACGCCAUUUCGUCUUACUACGACAGGUACAGAAGCAUAAUUAGUGGCUCAACAGACACGAAUGAUUACCAUGUGUAUAACGCGGUGAAUUACUAUUCCUGUGUCAUCUUCUCUAGGAUCUGUCUCCUCUGCAUAAGGUACCAGCUGAAUCGCUUUGGCAAUGCGGGCAUACGUCUGUUUAAUAGUAAAUUUAGGAACGUCAAGCUUACCUCGUCUGAACCGUCUAACGAAGAGCUAGAAAACUUUUCCUACUGUCUUAGCAGCGCCAUUAUCUCUAGAUCCAUUCUCAAGUGGAGGUGGUUCAAGACAACCAACACCACGGAGCGCCUCGAGAGCAUAACUCAAUAUUUUUUAAAAAAAAAAAAUAAAAGCAUUUUGGCCCUAGACAAUUCCAGGUCCCCCAUCAUUCACCGCCUCUUCAUGUUGGACUCCAUUUCGUCUUCUCUCCUCAUUUUGGUCUUCAUCUCGGUGAUCAUAUUUGUAAAGUACUUUCUCUACUGAGGUGGUUUGGGAUUUGCCUCUCCUG